GCACUCGCUGCUCGAUUGUCAAACGACGUGAAACGUCAAAUGUUUUGGCGGCCUACGGAGUAAUACAAAAACAAAACACAGCACGAUCCCAGAAAUACCGCUGAAUUUGUGGGUGCAACACAAUGGAUGAAGUGCCGGCCAGUCCUGUCGCGGAAAAGCGUAAGAAAUUGAAAUUCCGGCGAAAGUUGGGACCAUUGAUUAAACGUUCCAAAGAAUCCGCCGGUUUUGAAAGUUUCACUGAAGGAUUAUCGUUCGAACAACAUGCAGAGACGUCUGGAAGUGUGGAUGUAAAUAUUGCCGGAAGUGACACAGUAAAGCGUAAACUCUCCACCUUUUACUACGACGAAAACGUUGAUAAAGUGGAAACGGUUAAAGCAAACCCUUUAGCGUCUGCUAUAUUGUUGGAAAAAGCUAGCUCCAUUCAGGUACUGAGUUCAGUUCCAUCGCGUGAAUUAAUUGCAUGUUCCAACGAAGCGUUCUUAACUGUGGGAGAGCUAGCAAGACGAAAUGAUACUAGCGGCUAUAGAAAUGAAUGUGUGAACCCACAAGAAGCAACAGGAAAGCCGCAUAAUUAUAGUUUCACCCAGAUGGAGAUCGACACACAAAUGAUUGAUAUAUUCGAGGCUGCUGAACUGCUGACAGGUUCUGCUACUGUUAAUCAACAACUAAAACCGGCCACUAAAGUCACAACUCCAACGAAGCUAACCAUCGUUCCACAAACAGCGUUAACCCCUCCGAAAGAUCCAGAUCCAACCCGUACUUUAGCGCAAAUCAUAGUGGACGAUUUUACGCUUGAUGAAAAUGAACAGUGCUCGAUGGAGGUAGAUAUGUCCAUCAUCAAAUCGGAAAGCUUCCGAAGAAGAUUAAUUCAGUUACGUGACUUAAUUGCAAGUCCACCAAAGCCCGUAUACCGAGAAAAGUGUUGUCGACAGUAUGGACAAACGAAACCGAAGAAGAAGGAACAAUUACUGGCACGACGCUUAAGCUACGAUACAGAUGAUUCGUCCAGGAUAGGCCAACCGUUAAGUGACGAAGAGUCGGAAACAUCCACCGUAAGCAACGCAUCCGAUAAUAGCGACUGUGACGCUUCGAUGGAUGGAAUGGCUCUGGAUGAAAGUGCCCUUAUACAAGCAAACCUUACGCAACUUUCCGCAUUCUUUUCACAAGCGGGUACGAGCCAGGAAGAACGCUGCACGAGGCAAGCAAAUCAAAAAGAAAACAAAUCGACUUCCCUCGAUCGAGAGCCAGCGUUUUUAGGGUUUGCUUCUCCGAUUUCAUUACCAUUGGAUAGAGCAUGCUCUCCCAAAACUAUUAGCAUAAAUUUUGCCUCUUUUUGGGAUAUGGACGAGAAAAGUUUACCCGUGUGGGAUGAACUGAUGCCGGCCAGUGUUGGCGAACCAAUUACCAUGGAGCAGCUGCUGGAAGAUGAUGAAGAUUUGUUCAUGUUGGCACAUCACCCGGAAGAUAAACAGCAGAAUGAACAUUUACGAGUACAUACACAAGGUAGAGGAAACUCUGGUAAAAUAGGAACUAAUGUGGAACCUUUUGCUACUCACUCUAUUCUUACAAACUUCAACAAUAAACGGGAUUCGAUCAAUGAUUCCGAUGAGGUAUUGUUGAAAGCGCAGGCAAUGUUUGCAGAAGAGGAAGCUAAACACAAGCACAAUGAAUUGGCCAAAGCACAAAAGCAUAUGAGUCCAACAAACACUGGCGAGAUUGCUUUACCUUUAAUGCAAUUAAAUUUGAAGCAGACGUUUCACAAUCAAAAAGAACAUCCGAUUGCGGAAGACAUGCAGCGGAAUGAUAUUAUUACAGCUUCAAAUAAUGUUAAAGUGCCCAUCGCCACUAAAAUGCCGAUGAAUGUUUUAGAAGAUGGAUAUCCAUUUCCGGUUCAUGCAUCACCUACAAAUAAACUCUUCAGCGGAGGAUUUAGUACGGCUGGUGGCAAUAUGAUUGCCAUAUCGACAAAGGCUCUGAAAAAUGCUCAGAAAAUGUUCACCGAGGAAGAAGCAAAACUUCAGAAGGAAAUGGAACUACCACAAUCUGAUCCACCAUCGGUUGGUGCUUUUAGUACAGCUGGUGUCAAAUCAAUCGUCGUAUCGCAGCCAGGUCUUAAACCGGCACAUAAAGCAUUUGAAAAAGAUGAAUCGACAAACGGAAAGGAACAUCAACACGCAUUUGGUGAGCCCAGUCGAACGGGUUUUACCGGUGGAUUCACUACAGCUGCUGGUAAUUCAAUACGCAUCUCGAAGAAAGCUCUCGAAAUGGCACAGAAAACGUUUGAAGAAGAACUAUCGAAAAUGGAGGCAGAAUCACUUCCUGAAAAUGUAGUUCCUUUGCAAGGAUGUUUCUUCAGCACUGCGAAUGGUAGUAAGAUAUCUGUAUCGGAAAAGGCCUUAAAAAGUGCCCAGAUAAUGUUCGCCGAGGAAGAAGCAAAACUUCAGAAGGAAAUGGAACCACCACAAUCUGAUCCACCAUCGGUUGGUGCUUUUAGUACAGCUGGUGUCAAAUCAAUCGUCGUAUCGCAGCCAGGUCUUAAACCGGCACAUAAAGCAUUUGAAAAAGAUGAAUCGACAAACGGAAAGGAACAUCAACACGCAUUUGGUGAGCCCAGUCGAACGGGUUUUACCGGUGGAUUCACUACAGCUGCUGGUAAUUCAAUACGCAUCUCGAAGAAAGCUCUCGAAAUGGCACAGAAAACGUUUGAAGAAGAACUAUCGAAAAUGGAGGCAGAAUCACUUCCAGAAAAUGUAGUUCCUUUGCAAGGAUGCUUCUUCAGCACUGCGAAUGGUAGUAAGAUAUCUGUAUCGGAAAAGGCCUUAAAAAGUGCCCAGAUAAUGUUCGCCGAGGAAGAAGCAAAACUUCAGAAGGAAAUGGAACCACCACAAUCUGAUCCACCAUCGGAUGGUGCUUUUAGUACAGCUGGUGUCAAAUCAAUCGUCGUAUCGCAGCCAGGUCUUAAACCGGCACAUAAAGCAUUUGAAAAAGAUGAAUCGACAAACGGAAAGGAACAUCAACACGCAGUUGGUGAGCCCAGUCGAACGGGUUUUACCGGUGGAUUCACUACAGCUGCUGGUAAUUCAAUACGCAUCUCGAAGAAAGCUCUCGAAAUGGCACAGAAAACGUUUGAAGAAGAACUAUCGAAAAUGGAGGCAGAAUCACUUCCUGAAAAUGUAGUUCCUUUGCAAGGAUGUUUCUUCAGUACUGCGAAUGGUAGUAAGAUAUCUGUAUCGGAAAAGGCCUUAAAAAGUGCCCAGAUAAUGUUUGCUGAAGACGAAGAAGCUAAAAGCUUCGACAAUGUGCCAACAAUCGAAUCGGCCGCUUUUGGCGGUGGUUUUAGAACAGCUAGUGGCAAUAUGAUUGCCGUGUCGAAAAAUGCUCUUGCGAAAGCACGCAAAACUUUUGAUGAGAUAGCUUCCAUGGUGGACAAUGAAGGAGAUGUAAAUGUGGCAGAUGGAAAUAUGUUGUAUGUACGAAGCAAAGCGAAUGAAGAUGGAGCUUUUAUUCAAGAAAGAAAGAUGCAGGAGAAUGGAACCGGAUCUGCUUUGCGAGGAGGUUUCAGUACAGCUGGUGGACGGUCAAUAACAGUCUCAAAAACAGCUCUGGAAAGUGCACAAAAACUAUUCGAAGAAGAUCAUAUGAGUGGGGACAACGAGAACUUAUCGCAUAAUGUGGCAUCUUUCAGCGGAGGUUUUAGUACAGCGGGCGGUAGGAAGAUUUCUGUAUCCAAAACAGCACUAGAAAAAGCACAUAAAACAUUCGCCGAAUUGGGAGACGGUAAUUUUGUGCCAGAAUGUACGGAUGAUGAAACGAAUCGAGUUGCUUUUGAAGGAGGUUUUAGUACAGCGGGUGGUAGUGCUAUUGCUGUCUCGAUGAAAGCUCUCAAAAAGGCACAAAAAGCGUUUGAUGAGGAUGAGACAGACGGAACGGUGGAUAAAGAAAACAUUACCAGUAAUGUUGCACCCUUCACCGGCGGUGGCUUUAAUACGGCAAGCGGUGGUACGAUUGCCGUGUCGCUGAAAUCAUUGGAAAAAGCUAAGAAAAUGUUCAUAGAAGAUGAAGGUGAGAUGCUUUCAAAUGAAAUCCCGGAACGAUCGUCUGAAAACAACUCGCCAGUGCCAGCGAAACAAGCUCUCGAUAAGAUGAUGACGAAUUUUGCUGAGAAAAACGUGUUUAUUGACGACGCUUCAAGAUCAGCCGGAACGAUUUCUUUUCCUAUGUUUAGUCGGGCAAGUGGAGCUGCCAUAGCGGUUUCAUCAGAUGCUCUUGAAAAGGCGAAAGAGCUAUGGAAAGAAGUAGAUAAUGAAGUGAAAGAUAACGCUGGGAUAACUCUUCCCCCGGUUGAAGCUUCUCUUUCCAAAGCAAUGCUUUUAAAGCCCGCAAAUGAACAAGAAGAAAAUCAUCGUAAGCGGAAAUUAUCUCUCACAAAGAAUGAACCGAUAUUAACUCCAACGAAGAAAUUACGCACAGAUCCGCUUCACCCGAUUGUUCGGCUACAAACAAGCACACCAGCAGCUUCGACUGUAGGUGCCAAACAAGCACAAUCCGCAGAAACACCCGGAAUGUCAACGGGUGUAUCGACAUCUGCACACGAUGUGGAUGAAUUUUUCGCUCAGCUCGAUGAUAACGAAUUUCAGGAACUAUUUACCGUUCAGCAAACGGUCGGCAGGAGGCAAAAUAAGUUGCUUACUAAAUUUGAGCAAUGUUCCAACGCGGUACCAAUAAAACCUUCAACCAAACUGACCGGUACGGAUUGGGAUGAUAGUUUUUCGGAAAUCUUACCUAACCUUCCUGCAUCGGAUGAAUCGAACGUGAAACUUGCCACAACUUUGCUCAAACCAUCGGAAGCGGUACAGCAGCAACGAAGGGAAGAACGUCAAAAACAGAUGCAAUACAUCGAAAGUAAGCCGGAAGAUGCGCGUCGACCGCGAACGUUCGAAUUUUGUACUAAAAAACUACAAAAGGUGGGUCGUAUUGCAUUAAAGGACUUUGUUAAAGGAAACGGCCCACAGUUGGCCCAAGUGUCCACUUCUGUGAUGAAUAUAACCCAAGACAAUGUUAUGCAGUUUCGCUUUAACUUGGCAGAUUAUUAUGGAGAAACGUUCAGCAGUAGCAAUGUAACCGGUAUUCCUAUCGGAACGGAUGGAACAGAAGGUUGCUUACUGAUGGAUGUCGAUUCAACUCUGGGAGUGGAAGAAUUUAAGCAUUCAUUGCUUGCCUCACCUGGCAUUGAUCCUCGACUCGUGCCGCAAGGGUGGAUUGAAAAUGGAUGGCGCUGGAUCGUGACGAAACUGAGUGCUUUGGAGCGUAAUUUUAGCACCCACUUCCAGGGUGCUCUAUCGCCGGAAAAUGUUUUCCACCAGUUGCAGUAUCGAUACUGUGUCGAAAUCGAUUCCGCACGUCGAUCGGCUUUGAGGAAAAUGCUCGAGAAAGAUGAUAUUCCCAGUCGCCGAAUGGUGCUGUUUGUGUCGAAUGUGUUUUAUAAUGUUGGUGCGGUUGGGACAGAACUGGAACUGUCCGAUGGAUGGUACAGUGUGCGUACCGAGCUGGAUUCACCACUAGCGGCGGCCGUACACAGUGGCAAAGUCGCGAUCGGAACCAAACUAAUGAUUCAGGGUGCGGAACUGUUAAACCACAAGGAUGGUUGUUCACCGUUAGAAGCACCGCAAGAUGUGCGGUUAAAAAUCUGUACUAAUUGUACCAGACGUGCUCGAUGGUACGCUAAACUGGGUUACUAUCGAUGCCCAGUACCGUACCCGAUCGAGUGCAAUACCAUACACGAACGGGGUGGGUUGAUCGCUCGUGUUCGGGCGAUCAUCGUCCGAGUGUAUCCGUUAAUGUACGUUGAAAAAUCAUCUAACGAGGCGCAAGGAUCGGUCCUACGGUCCGAACGGAUGCAGCAAAGGCACAGCAGAAGAAACGAUGCGAACCAGUUGGAAAAUCUGCACAAACUGUACAACCGUGUGCAGGAGGAGAUAGAGCGCGAACGGAAGACCGUAAGCUUGAACAGAAACAUUCGCGUGACGGAGAGUACAACAACGGCCGAACUGCAGGAGUGUCUUGAAAAUGGACUCGAUGUUUCGUUUCUGGAUAUUGAACUUACACGCUCCCAACAACAUGUGAUCGAACAGUUCCAACAGCGCAAACAGGAAGAACUGCAAAAUGAAAUCAAUCGACGUGUGAAGGCACAGCUCGAGAAGAAUUCUGGCCGUCCAACGGUUACGCCACUGCUAAAGGUCAGAUUGAUGGAUCGUGUGCGUCCGGAACGAUCGUUUCUACUCUCGAUCUGGCGUCCCAUCGAUAAUGUUCGUCGGGUCCUGCAGGAGCAAAGCUUAGUCGAGUUCAGUCAUCUAACAGCUCAUGGGACAAAAAAUAAUGAUGUGCAGCUGACGGCACAUAAAGCUAGUACGUACAGCAGUGUUCCUCAGGAAGAAAGGCAAGAAGUUUCGCCUCAUGUUCCGUUUUUUCGUACCAUUACUCCCAUUGGUACAAUCGAUGGCAUUAACUUUCGUCCCGCGUUCGGUGAAUUUGAUACGAUCGGUGUGGUUGUACUCGUUGGGGCGGCCGAAUCGAAGAAGUUCCAAUCGAUCUAUCUCGCCGAUACGGCAAUGGAUUUGUUGUGUAUCAAUUUUUGGCACGGUUUGUCCGAGUACGCUUAUGACGAUGUGAUCCGAGAGCGUAAGGUGCUUUGCGUAGCUAAUCUACAGUGGCGUACUUUCAACCGUCAAACACCCGGCAUACCGCAAUCGUUUGCUACCGAGUACACGACCUUUCUGGAGAAUCCACGCGAAGAGCAUCUGCGCGGUGAACGAGAUCGCCUUCAGCUGCAGUUGGAUACGAUCGAACAGGAUCAAUUUUUCCAACGCUGCCAGGAACGUAUCGGUGAGCUGCUGAUGAACUCAAGCACCGGUAGCAUCGGAACGCCAAACCUGCAGCGGUCAGUAAGCCGGCUGGCACAUUCAACUCCGCUAGGAGCGAACAGUGCCACGAAACGGAAAAUCGAAAAAUUAGCAUCAAUCUACGCUAGCCCACCGAAGCUGUCACCGAUUGUGAUUGGGCGUAAUGUGAAUCUACGGAAAGGCUUCAAAACACCGGCUCGGUUGGAUGCAGAAACGGAAGAUAGUGUGAGUUGAUCGUUUAUCUUCGAUUUGUUGUUGUCCGUCCUUUGGGUAAUAGAUUCAACAGUGAAAUGGGUUUAAGCUUUCGUUAUCGCGUGUUUGUUAUUGAAAUAUAAUGCGCCUUUCCAGAGCAAAUAUCUUUGACA